CGCUGAGUUCUCUUGUAACCAAUCAAAUGAGUACUUUUACUACCCAGGAACAAAAUAUAAAAGCAGCCGUGUUUUACAGAGCUUAGUAGUUUGUGUUGUGUCGCUGACUUCCUUAUAGCUUUACCAUGUCUGGACGUGGCAAGCAGGGCGGCAAGGCUCGCGCCAAGGCCAAGACCCGCUCCUCCCGGGCCGGCCUGCAGUUCCCCGUGGGCCGCGUGCACCGCCUCCUCCGCAAGGGCAACUACGCCGAGCGGGUGGGCGCCGGCGCCCCGGUGUACCUGGCGGCCGUGCUGGAGUACCUGACGGCCGAGAUCCUGGAGCUGGCUGGCAACGCGGCCCGCGACAACAAGAAGACGCGCAUCAUCCCGCGCCACCUGCAGCUGGCCAUCCGCAACGACGAGGAGCUCAACAAGCUGCUGGGCCGCGUGACGAUCGCGCAGGGCGGCGUCCUGCCCAACAUCCAGGCGGUGCUGCUGCCCAAGAAGACCGAGAGCCACCACAAGGCCAAGGGGAAAUAGGUUGAUUGCCUGUCU